CUGGAAGCCAAGGCCAGACAGGGGUGGAGACCUUGGGCCUCUGAGUGAUCACUCCAGAUGGAAAGAUUUGGCCCACUGCAAAGAAACUACCAUAGGACUUCCUUUCAGGAAAAAUAAUCACAGCUCCGCAUGGUCUCUCUAUAGACUUCUCUCUUCUCCCAGAUCACUCUUCCUGUCCUUCUCAGUCUGAAGUCAGUGAACACAGGACUCAAUGCUAAACUCCAGGCACAACUAACUCAUAAGAGCUCCAUCUCUGAGGAAUGCCAGCCCAAUAUCUUCUUAGUCCUCAAUUCAUGAUUUUGUCCAAUAUUACUCAGUUUAGCCCCAUGUUCUACCUCACUGGUUUUCCAGGAUUGGAAGCCAUCGAACACUGGAUUUUCAUCCCCUUUUUCCUUAUGUACCUUGUGGCCAUCUCAGGCAAUUGUUUCAUUUUGAUAAUUAUUAAGACCAACCCUCGUCUGCACACACCCAUGUACUAUCUACUCUCUUUUUUGGCCCUCACUGACCUGGGACUCUCAGUGUCGACCUUGCCCACUACUGUGGGAAUUUUUUGGUUCAAAUCUCAUGGUAUCUACCUUGCAGCUUGCCAAAUUCAGAUGUUCUGUAUCCACUCAUUUUCCUUCAUGGAGUCCUCAGUGCUCCUCAUCAUGUCCUUUGACCGCUGUUUGGCCAUCUGUCACCCCCUUAGGUACUCAGUCAUUAUCACUAGCCAGCGAGUGAUUAGGACAGGUCUGGCUGUCAUAUUCCGGGGACCUGUGGCCCUAAUUCCUCUUGUCGUCCUCCUGAAGACUUUUCCCUACUGUGGGCCUCGAGUCCUCUCCCAUUCUUUCUGCCUACACCAGGAAGUGAUACACUUGGCCUGCACAGAUACCACCUUCAACAACCUGUAUGGACUGGCGGUAGUGGCAUUCACUAUGAUGCUGGACCUGGUGCUCAUCGCACUGUCCUAUGGAGUCAUCCUGCACACUGUGGCAAAAUUGGCCUCCCAUGAGGAGCAGUUCCGAGCUUUCCAAACAUGUACCUCACACCUCUGUGCUGUGCUGAUAUUCUUUGUGCCCAUGGUAGGGCUGUCUUUGGUGCACCGCUUUGGGAAGCAUGCCCCUCUUGCUGUCCACCUUCUUAUGGCCAAUGUCUAUCUCUUUGUGCCUCCCAUGCUAAAUCCAAUCAUAUACAGUAUUAAGACCAAGGAGAUCCGCCAUGUUAUCAGCAAGCUCCUGGGUCUUAAGAAGGUCAGUGCUGGAUCCAGGGGUUAAAAAUACCCCUGGUACCCAAGAGAAGGUCCCUAAUCAAGCCAAAGAUCACUAGCAUUAAGAACCUACUAUGAAUCCCAUG